AUGUUGUCUUUUCUGUCAACUGCGGACAAGUCUCGAAGAGAAACAGGUAACAAUAAUUUUAGGAAUAAGAGUUAACAAAUAUUACGUGUUGUUCCAGUUCUGAAAGUAACGAUAAAACAAUAUGCUGCGGCUGAAAUGACCAGUAUCCGUAGCUGUAGCAGCAUCCAUGUGGUGAAUGCGAAGGCAGUCUUUCUCAUGAAAUGUUACUCAUUAUGGUCUUGACUGCACCAAAUGUAUUUUCAAGAAAAGACUGAAGGAAGUUUUAACAAAAAAAAGCCUUCAACAGCGCAAGUGUUGAGAAAAACUGCGAAUUGCAGCGAAUCAAAGUAGAAACGAAACGAGACCGCUGACUUUAUUGUGGUAAUACUUCACGUAUGUAAAAGGAAAUAUAGCAACGGAAGCCACCUUAUGGCAAUAUUUCGUUAUUCCGUUGAUUCAUUUGCAGCUCUCUUUCAUUAAGAAAACAAAAACGAUCUUGAGCUGGAACUGCAGGAAAAUGCAUUUUGGGGGUCAAAACUACAUAAAUGUUCUCUCUAAAUGAGUAAACGUUACCUUUUUUUGUAUUAACAUAUUAAAUUGUAAAAUUUUAACUUUUUUGUAAUAAAGCUGGUUGUUGUUGUUGUAAAUGUCUUCAUUUAGUAAACUUCACUGGUAUUAGGGUGUAAAGAAUAAACAGUAAAAAUUGACACAAAUACUCAUUGGUUUUGUUAGAUGUACUAAACAUGGAAGGUUUCCCUGUGUCUGUAUCAAAUGCUGCAGCAACUUCAAGCCAAAAUUUGCACCUUCGUGUGUCUAGUGAGUCGCACGGUCACAAGUCACCAUGGGUUGUAAGGAAAACAUUUCAGGUAUAAGCUAUACAUUUCUUUUUUUAAGGUGUCAUUGAAGUUUCGUUGCACAUUCAACCCAGGUGAACAAAGAGCAACACAACCUUUAAUUUUCCUUAUCCAGAUACUGUAUGUGAACANUUAUGGCAAUAUUUCGUUAUUCCGUUGAUUCAUUUGCAGCUCUCUUUCAUUAAGAAAACAAAAACGAUCUUGAGCUGGAACUGCAGGAAAAUGCAUUUUGGGGGUCAAAACUACAUAAAUACUCUCUCUAAAUGAGUAAACGUUACCUUUUUUGUAUUAAUAUAUUGUAUUGUAAAAUUUUAACUUUUUUUUGUAAUAAAGCUGGUUGUUGUUGUUGUUGUUGUAAAUGUAUUCAUUUAGUAAACGUCGCUGGUAUAAGGGUGCAAAGAAUAAACAGUAAAAAUUGACACAAAUACUCAUUGGUUUUGUUAGAUGUACCAAACAUGGAAGGUUUCCCUGUGUCUGUAUCAAAUGCUGCAGCAACUUCAAGCGAAAAUUUGCACCUUCGUGUGUCUAGUGAGUCACACGGGUCACAAGUCACCAUGGGUUGUAAGGAAAACAUUUCAGGUAUAAGCUAUACAUUUCUUUUUUUAAGGUUUCAUUGAAGUUUCGUUGCACAUUCAACCCAGGUGAACAAAGAGUAACACAACCUUUAAUUUUCGUUAUCCAGAUACUGUACGUGAACAAUCAGUUAGUGACGUCACCGAUAGUUUCACUGAAGAACAGCGAAAAAAGAAAAUUCAUCAUUAUGUAGUCUGCAAGAGGCGCAACUGCUUGGAUGUGUCACAAGAAGAAAGAGCUCGCAUUAAGACAGCUAAAAAGAAACAGAUGUUUAACCACAACCUUAUCUUCAAGAAGGAUUUGGCUUAUAACCCUAAAGUGCAGAUGUGGUGGCUUGUUUACAUAGAAGGAGAGGGCCAAUACUGUCUGAUCUGCAAGAAGUUUGAUUCCAAGAAUCCCCAAAACAAGAAGGAAGUUUUUUCAGCUGAACCAAGUACAAGGUUGAAGAAGGAAUGUCGCGAAGAACACAUUGCAACAAAGAGGCACAGAGACGCCAUAACUGCUAUUCUAAUGAACAGGUUGUCUGUUUUUCAGAAAGAGCUUGACCACAAUGCCGAAGUUCAAGUUGGCGUGUAUGAAAGGGUUUUCUAUUAUCUUUAUUGGUUGGCAAAGGAAGAGAUAGCAAAUGUAAAGGCAAAAAGUCUGUUGCAGUUGGUUGAGAAGCUGGGUUGUGACAUGAGUGGUUUUAACCACACAUCGAUGGGUUCCCAACGGGAUAUGCUGCUUCUCCUCGGGGAAAUGAUUCAAAAUGAAGUAAUUGCAGCUGUAACUGGGCCAUUUGGGAUAAUGGUUGAUGACACGACUGACAUUGCGAAUUUGGAGCAAAUGCUCGGUUUUAUUCAUUAUUAUACUAAGAGUAACGAAAAGGUUGAAGUGAAAUUCCUAUGUCUGGAAAAUGUUCUUGCCAACUCCGACAAAGCAGAUUCUGAAACCAUCACGGGUGUCCUUCUUAAAGUCAUUGAGAAAAACGGUCUCAAUUUUACGUGGUUUAAGAGCUUUGUAUCAGAUGGUGCAAGUGUUAUGGUUGGAGAAAGGUCAGGUGUAGCUACCAGAUUGAAAGCUGAUGAAAGAAUCCAGUCCUUAAUAUCUGUCCACUGUGUUUGUCACAAGCUAGCUCUAGCAUGUACAGACACUUUGAAUGAUCUUUCUACAAUAAAGCAGGUGCAAAACACACUUAACACCCUCUGGCGAUUGCUUGACAAUUCCAACAAGAAAACAUCAAUUUUUUUAAAAGUGCAACUUCACAUGAAUGACAUAACUCUGACAAAUAAGAAUUCCAAGAGGAAAGUAGCCAAGAAGCUGAAAAAGGCAUGCCAAACACGCUGGCUGUCAUUUAACAGCACUGUUUAGUCUGCAUGGGAAAGCUUUCCUGCCAUUAUUCAAUUUCUUCUCAAGCUGAAGGAUGAUGAUCCCACAUGCCAGGGCCUCCUUGUGCAAAUGAACAAUGUCCGUUUUCUGUCUUGCUUGUAUAUUCCGAAGCAUGUGCUUCCCCAUCUUGACAAUUUGUCAAAAUCAUUUCAGCAUUCUACAGUCAAUUUCAGUCAUCUGAAACCAGAAGUUGUUAGGGCUAAGGCCGCUCUAGAUGAAGUAACAACCAGUGAGGUACCUGUCAAGGAAUUUAGUCAUGAUGUCAAGGAAGGAAAAAUGGCGAUGUUGCAGUUCUCUCCCUCUGAGCACCAGCUUGCAUACAUGCGAAACUUGCUACUCAAGUACGUCUCUGCUCUGAAAGAGAAUAUUGAUCUGAGGUUUCAAAACACCCUCCCUCUUCUUGGGGCUCUUUCAAUAUUUGAUCCUACUCUUAUUCCUUCAAGUGUUUCAGAACUUCCAUCUUAUGGGGUAGAUUCUAUCAAAGUACUCGCCAAGCACUAUUUCCCUGACCAACAAGAUCGACUACUGGCUGAGUGGAAUACAUUGAAGUAUCAUAUGAAAGAAAUGACCCUUCCAGUUGAUGUGAAAGAGGGUAAGACCAUCAUGCCAGCAGAGUGGUGUAUGUGCCAGUUGAUGAAACAGAGGUCGUCUUUCAUUUCUCUUCUUCCUCUUCUUAUGCAACUUGUUGAGAUAGCACUGACAAUGCCUAUCAGCAAUGCAUGGCCUGAAAGGGAGCCAGUCAAGUCAAGUUAA